CGAAUAAAUCGAACACGAAUUUAAAAAGAAUAUUCCGAAUUUAAAAAUCAAUAAUAUUUAAAUUAUAAAAAUUAAAUAUUAGAAUACUUUUUAAAGAAGAAUGCUAGUUUGAUAAGAUGUGGGGUUGGUUGUUCGUCGUCGGUGUCGCGACACUAGUCGCGGAGUGUCGCAGCGCGGGCGCAGGCGCGGCGCGGCUUGUGUGCUACUCGGAGCGUCAGACAGAUGUCGCGGACUGCACGCACCUCAUCUACACGGGGGUGGCCAGAGGAGACAAACUUGACACCCUGCUGAAGGAAUAUCGCAAGAACAACCCUAGAGUGAAGAUUAUACUGCGAGUUAGUGAAGUUGAUAAGGACCUGCGCAGCCUCGUGAUGUCGAAAUAUGUGUCUGGUUUAGAACUGCACGAUGCUCACCGAACCCUCAACCGGAGCAGCGUCAUCGAGACGGUGGAGGCGGCGCGCGCAGCCAUCAACGCUGCCGGCGGCGGCCCCCUCUUCCUGGCCCUACCGGCCCACCCGGAACUCCUAGCGAAGUACUACGACCUGCACACCCUGGUAAAGAAGGUGGACCUGAUGAUGGUACAGACCCACGCGCUGGGGCUCGUCAAGAAGAUGACCUACCACCCCAGCAGGCUGAGUGGCUUGUGGGAUAUGAUGAACACGGACUCAGUAGUAGACCUAGUAGUGGGUCUCGGCGUCCCCGCUUCGAAGAUAGUCAUCAGCCUGCCAGCCACAGCCCGCCAGUUCCACCUUCUCAACGAGACCCUCAGUACUCCGGGCAGUCCCACUACGGAGGACGAGCCUAAGGAAAUCGAUCAAGGGGAGUUGUGUCGUCAGCUGCAGAAAGGAAGGUGGACGCUUGAACGCGAUCAGGACUUGUCCGCGCCUUAUGCUUUCAAGGAUAAAACUUGGAUAUCGUUCGAAGACUCCUCUUCCGUGGAUGUUAAGGGCAAGUACGCGCGAGUGCGCGGCCUGGCCGGGCUGGCCCUGCAUCAGGCCGAUAGAGACACGGAUACUCCGUGUGGACCCAGCCUUAAGACUGCGUUGGCUAAGGUGCUUAACCAGCAGAGUCGAGCGCCUAGGGCUGCUGUUUUGAGAUCUCUGGAGCAUGAGAUCCUGUCAGCGCCGACACAUGCACGUGUAGUGGACGCGCUGCAGGUGUCUCCAUACCGCAUCACGCAGGUGGUCGACUCCGACGGUGUCAUACACUCCAUUAGAGAGGAUACCCGUACGGAGUUCUCGUGCUCGCGUCAGGGAUAUUUCGUGCACCCGCGCUCCUGCGCACGGUUCUACCGCUGUGUCAAGUUCGAUCAGCUUUCUCCUGAAUAUACCGUGUUCGAGUUCGACUGCCCAGCAGGCCUGGCGUUCGACUCCCGCUACGAGGUCUGCGUGUGGCCAGGCAGCCUGCCGCACUCGCAGGCCUGCCCUGGUUCUUCGGAAAUCGCGCCCGCACUUAGGACUCUCAUAAAUGUGAUCAACAUUCUGUUCUUGUCAGGUUACUACGCGGACCCGGAGAACUGUAGAUGGUUCUUUGCAUGCCUGGACCACGGCAAGGCACCGCUGACGGCGUAUGAGUUCCGCUGCCCCUUCGGACUGGGCUUCGACGCUGACAAGCUGAAGUGCGACUGGCCCUGGCUCGUACCCGCUUGUGGCAACAUCGCCAGAUACGAGGCUGAAGCGUAUGGCUUCGGUUCUGCUGCUCUUACUGGUGCAAACGGCUUCCAAGGUCAAACAGCAGACUCGAUCAACAUCGCGGCUCACCAGAGCCUCGUUUCCGGCGCUUCCCUGGAUAACCUCGUGGGGAUCCAGAACGGAUUCCUCUCUCAUGCUGAUGCUCUUGACUCUAACUUCAUCGCUUCCCAAGAGGCAGGUGGUUUCCAAGUCAGCCAUGGGAAUGCUUUAGCUGUUGGUGACGCUAAUGCUAACCCAGGUUUCGUUCAACCUACUAAAUACACCAGCGGUUCUCUCAUCUUAGACGAUUAUAGACUACCAACGAAACAGGAAGCUAGUCAUAGAGGCAUACAUGGACAAUUCAAUGGAUACGCCACUGGUUCAAAUGGUCAGUAUAACGGAUAUUCUGGUUCAUUAAACUUGCAAAAGUCACAAUACCAAAGUGCAGAUUACGACGCUGAUAAUUCUGGAGCGUACGUCCAUGAUCCUACAGGAGACUACGCUGAGCCAUACAGACAUGAAGAUGCACCAGCCGUACCUUAUACUCAUAGUGAAUCUAAUUAUAAAUCUAGCGACUAUUAUGAUGUUGGUAGAUACUCUGGUUCUCAAGAUUAUAAUGGGCAGUAUCAAUAUCAGGGUCAAAAUGAGGGGCAAUACCAAGCACAAAAUGAGGGGCAAUACCACGCUCAAAAUGAGGGGCAAUAUCAAGCUCAAAACGAAGGCCUAUACCAAGCUCAAAACGAAGGCCAAUACAACGCUCAAAAUGAAGGCCAAUAUCAAGGUCAAUACAAAAGUCAGUACCAAACUGGAAAUCAGGGUCUGUACCAAGCUCAAAACGAAGGUCAAUACCAUGGUCAAUACGCUCAAGACAACUCGGGAGCUUAUGUACAAUCCGGAUCCAAUAAUGCUCAAUAUUCCGGUGCCUACAAUGCAGACUAUUCUGGUUCUUACAUCCAUGACGAUUCGGGCAAAUACGUAGCUGGGGUAUACAGAGCUGACGGACACAUUGGAAAUUAUGGAGGUCAGUCUUCAGCGAAUAUCCAACACGGUAGCUACAGCAGCGGUAAUUCUGGCUACUUGAGCGAUAGUAAAGCUUACACAGGCGCCUCCCAUACUUUGACAGCAGGCGCUGUCAAUGUUGGCCUAGUAGGAAAAACUACUCUAGUCGACGCUGGUUACAACGAUCAGCUCAACUAUAACAGUGCAAGUAAUUCUUUCGGUCACAAUAUCGUUCAUCAAUACAACAACGGUCAUGUCCCGAUCAUUCAAGAACCUUCAGUGUCUAUAAACCAUGUUGGUACAGACGGCAACAACCUCGAUGGCUACAGUUUCGUGACAACGCCGACGUCUUCAGGCGUUCCUACAACAGCCACUCCUUUCGCAGUUACUACUGCUAUUCCUAUAACUACGUACAGAACGACCUUCGUCCCUGAAGCGCCUAAAACUGAUAUUAAACAAGUCUUCGGUUACACUCAACCCGCAGUCACUUACGUCCAACCGACUGUUACGGCAGUAAAGCAAUACGUAACACCUAAAGUUCAAGUCACCGAUUACAAUCAAGGAGUGAACUACCAAGCUUCUAGUACCGGAUCUGGUUCAUCAGGUUACGUCUACUCUAAACCAAGUAUCAAAUUCGAGGAAGGAGUUACUUACGCUACUCAAGUUCCUAUUGUAGUGUCGACAUUCAAGCCUCAGGGAUUCAGUCACAAUCAGCAGACUGUUCACAAUGUGGUUUCUAACUACGACUACUCUUCGCGUGUGCCGGUUACUGAGGAACCGUUUAAGAAAGUCAUAGCUUAUAAUACUUGUGAAGGAGGCGAUUGUAGUCCACAGCCUACUGGCCAGUCCUUCAGCCAUCAAACUAUUCACCAAACGAAUGAGUACUUACCACCAGCACAACAAGGGUAUAACUACGAAGCGCCGAAGACGGUUGUGGCAUAUGCGCAGCCUACAGUGGCUAGUUACACGCCGCAAACAUUCAGCCACCAAACCAUUCAUAAAGUAGAAAGCAGCAACGCUUAUAUUCCGCCUGUAGAAAAUACCUACAAAUAUUCAAAACCUACGAUCAGUUUCGAACAACCAAAAACUGUGGUAGAGCACACAACAGCACAACCCGUAGUCGUAACUACGUUCCAACCUCAAGGAUUCAGCCACCAAACUUUACAUAAAGUGGAUGCUAGUCAAGUCAAGACAUACUCAGACUCUGGCUAUAAAUAUGAGAAGCCUUCAGGAUAUGAAUAUCCUAAACCUAACAUUAAAUUCGAGGACGCACCUAAAACGGUGAUUCAGUACACUACUCCCGCGCCUGUAGUUUCUACGUACGAACCUCAGACAUACAGUCAUCAGACUAUUCAUAAAAUUGAAACACAAAGCUACAUUCCUGUAACGUCGACACCCGCUCCCGUACUCACUUACCACCAACCCGCUAUAAGCGUUUAUCAAAAUCCGAUCUUACAAUACACAGAAAACGUCACUCCCGUGUCGUAUGUACAACCCACCGCUCAAUCUUUCAGUCACCAAACUAUUCACAAAGUAGAAUCUAAUAAAUAUAUUUCUCCUGUCGAAGUACAACAAACUGGAUACAACUACGAAGCACCCAAGAAGGUUGUAGAAUACACUACAGCUCAGCCGGUUGUGACUACUACAUACAGACCGCAGGUGUACAGUCAUCAAACAUUGCACAAAGUUGAAGCUAGUAAGGUGAACGCUGAUUCUGGAUAUCAAUAUGAACAACCUGCUGUGAAGUUCGAAGAGUCACCGAAGACUGUCAUACAGUACACCACACCAGCACCUGCCAUCGUUUCUACUUACCAACCACAAACCUACAGCCAUCAAACGUAUCAUAACAUUAAGACGCAGAAAUACAUCCCUGAGACGUCAACUCCAGCUCCUAAUGUAGAGCUAACAUACCACCAACCUGCUGUAUCUGUAUAUGAGAAUCCUAUUCUGAAGUUCACUCAAAAUGUCACUCCUGUCCCAACAUAUACGCCAAUUAUUCAACAACACGAAGUCAACCACAUCGUUAGCCAACCCGUAGGUAUACAAUUCGAGACACAACAGAACGUAGGAAUAAGCCAAGAAGGUUAUUCUUACAGCCAACCUGAAAUCCAAAGAGACCUCGAAAACACAAAUGCUGCUAAAUCGUACUCCGAUGCUAGCCAAGUCUCUCAUCAAGUAUACCAUCAGUACAAUACAAAUAAGCAAGAAACUGGAAAGAACGUUGUUUUCGUAUCAACUACACCUUCGACUUUGGUUUACGAAGAUCAUUAUUCUGAUUAUGAAUCUCCGAAAUACAAAGCACAAGAGUAUAUUCCUCCAAGGACUGAUUACCAACAAACCUAUUCUGUUUCAACUGUAGCACCUCCCGUAGUCCACCAAAGCGAGGUCUACCACCAAACUCAGGAUCAUUACGAUUACUCUCAGCCCGGAGAUUACUCUCAACAAAACUUCGGUUCGGUUUCAUUUAGUACUUCUCAUGUUGAGCAGCCAAAGGUUGAAUCUGUUCACUUUUCGUCUAUCCCUGAAAUCCAGGUAGAACACAAGGCGGAAGACUAUUUGCCUCCAGUCGUGUCUACUGUUGCUACUCCGAUAGUAACUUCAACUUACAAACCUCGUGUUUACUCAACUACAACUCGCGAGUACUUGCCCCCUACUCCUCAGCCAACUGUGAAAGAAUAUUUACCCCCACAACCAACUGUGAAAGAAUACCUGCCUCCUCAACCUACUGUGACAGCAUACUUGCCUCCUCAACCUACUGUUACUGUUAAAGAAUACUUACCUCCUCAGCCAACUGUAAAGGAAUACCUACCUCCUCAACCAACUGUUAAAGAAUACUUACCUCCUAAAGUGACCACCUCCUAUUUACCCCCGUCAACAACUGCUCGCCCUAAAGUAAAGUUCUCGACUCAAGCUGCGACAUACUUGCCACCUCAGGAGGAAAAUAUAGGUGUCGUUAACUUCGAAAGCUACGGCUUCAGAAACAACGAAGAAAGUAACAUCAAUUACAACUCAUUCCCAGAAUAUACAGUAUCCUCAACACCUAAGGUCAACCUGCUUGGUUUUGGUACCGUAGGACCAGAUGCAGGAUUAGUGUCUUCAGUAACUUACACGACAGCCUCUCCCGUGUCUUCAUCAUACUUGCCCCCAGUAAGGAGAAUCAGACCGAAGGUGAAGUCUACUACCCAAGCACCUGAGUACCUACCACCUGUCCAGUCCACUACAUUCAAGGCUCCAGAAUAUCUGCCACCGGUAGAAACAGAAACCAACUUGAACUUCGGUAGUUUUGGUCUGAAGAACACUGAUCAGCUGGCAUACAAUCCUUAUCAAGAACAAGUUGUAGUAUCCACAUCAGCGCCGCUUCAAAGAAAGCAAAAUAUUGUUGUGCAAACUGCUAAAGCUAAUUUGCUUGGAUUUGGUACAGUGGGCUCCGAAGCUGGCCUAAUUUCUGAAGCGACAUACUCUACUGCAGCUCCAAUUGUUUCAAGCACAGAAUCUUUCUCAGUGACACCUAAGGUAGUAACUUCUACAUACGCGCCUAUCAAACAAGAGCUAGUUGAAGUCUCCCCAGUUCCUGUUAGAAGAACUAAGCCUAAGGUAGCUGUUGUUACCAAGAUUAAUGAUUUCAAUCCUCUUCUCGUGAGGAAAUUGGGUGCCGUAUGUAGUUGCCAGUCGCCAGUACUUAUUCUGAAGGGAAAGAGACCGAACGUUCAAGUUCAACAGGAAUAUGACGACUACAGCAACGAUAAUGAUUACGAAGAUGGUCGUGGAGACAUCGGCAACGAAUGGGCUUUAAAAUCUGACAGACUACAGGCGGUCAAAACCGUCACAACUGCCCCUACAGUUACAUCAACAUUCAAUCCUAUCAUCGUCCCUGACGACUCGUUCUACCAAGACAUUCAGGAUUCGAGCAUCGAAAUAACUCCUAAGAGCAGACAAGUUUAUUCAGAAGAAUUUGUUUCGAGCACCCCCGUGUACUCGACUACAGAGAGAAUAGUGAAGAUCAGACCACGAGUGAAGGCUGUGACUGUCGCGCCUACUUACAAGACAGUGGUGUUGAACCAAGAAGUUGCUCCCAAUGUAGUUGUAAAGGAUACAGUGACUAGAGGCAGAGACGACCUGCCGGACUGUCAGCGAGCCGGUCUUUUCCGUCACCCGAAGUACUGCAACAAGUUCUACGCGUGUAGGUGGGACUGCAAUAAGCAAAAGUUCACCGUCCACACUUUCAACUGCCCCGUCCAACUCAGCUUCGACUCCAGUAUAGGCGCCUGCAACUGGCCCAGCCAAGGCCCCGCCUGCCAGGGUGACACCCUACUUACCAACUCCUUAUAAAAUGUUAACAAAUGUGCCAUAAACGGCAAUGCGAAUCUCAUUGUGCCAUCAAAUGUGAUAACCUAUGGUCACAAUAUUGUUCUAAAUUGUAAUCAAUGAAUACGAUAAAGUUGUCUCUCUGUAAUUCAUAGAAGCUUUUAAUUUAUUUCGUUCAUUUUGUUAAUGUUAUUUUCUAGUUAUUUAUUAUUUCAUGUACUUAUCAUUUUAGCUUAAGCAAACCUCGGCAUCAUCGGUUGAAAUGAGAGUUACCAUUAUCUAGUUCAUUUAGUAUGUUAUGUAAAAUAGUGAAGUCAUUUUUUGUAUUUUUAUAAAAUUAAUAUAGAAACGCAAUACGCUGUAAAUGUAAAUAUAUUUCAUUCAAUUAAA